UUUUAUACCACAUCCUCAUUCUCUUCACUCUCUCUUUCUCCCCGAUUGGGGAUCAAACUGUUCCUCCUCUUCUCUCUCUCUCUCUCUCUCUCUCUCCAGGAAGCCCUAACAGCGACUACCCUGCCAAACUAAGACUUCACUACAAAUAUGGAGACCCACGGAAGCAGCAAGACCAAGAGCAAGAGGAAGAGAGAAGCUUCGUCUUCCAAGACCAGUCAAAGCAGAAGCAGAAGCCGAAGAAAAUCCGACGACGACGACGACUCCGAGACCGAUAGCCGCGGCUCGUUAACGCCGAGCCACCACCGCUCUCACAAGCGGAGUCUCAGCCGCCGGAGCGCUUCGAGGGAUUCGGAUGAUUCCGACGAUGGAAGUGAUCUUGAGAGGAAGCGGAAGAGGUCGUCUUCGAAGAAGGUUACGGAUGAGGACAUUGCUGAUUACUUGGCCAAGAAAGCUCAGAAAAAGGCUCUUAAAGUCGCGAAGAAAUUGAAGUCACAGACUGUGUCUGGUUAUUCCAAUGAUGCCAAUCCCUUUGGUGAUUCCAAUCUCAAUGAAAAGUAAGUUCAUUCUUCGUUUCUACAUUGAGUUAUUCUGAUAUAUUUCAAUUUUGAUAAAC